UUAUAAUUGCCUCUUAAUAUCUUUAUUUAUUUAUAUACUUCUAUAUAUUGUAAGGUCAAUUGAUACUUAUUGUAGUAUAACUUUGUGACAUUCGUGUAAGCACACUAUGGGAUCAAAUACAUCUAAGCAGGAAAGAGUUGUUACUGCAUCUGCUUCUUCUAGCCGUACUGUUAGUGACUCUGAUUCAGAGUCUUUCAAUGAGAAACAUGAUUACUCAUCCAGACCUCAAGAUUAUUCUAAACUUUAUGCCAAGUAUUUAAGAAACUUGACUAUUAAAGAUAAUGAUAAUGAUAAUGAUGAUGGUGAUAACGGAGAUACCGGUGACGAUAUUACUGAUCCUUUUGCUGGUAAUCCACUUUCAAUUGGAAUUAUCAAUAGAUGGGAAAAGAACUUAUUAUCAAAGCCAAAGGACUUGUUGGCUCAAGCAGCUUUUGCUAAAAACUCAAUUGAAUCGAUUAUUGCCAAAUCAGAUGUCAAGACACUUUUGAAGGAUCAAUAUCUCUUCAAUGUCUCUGUCAAGACUAUUGGUUCUCCAUCAUUUUAUAACAAUCAAAAGCUGUCUGGUAGAUGUUGGAUUUUUGCUUCUUCUAACGUGUUUAGAACUCAUGUUAUUAAUAAUUAUAAUUUAUCUCCUGAUAAAUUUCAACUUUCUCAAUCUUACUUAUUCUUCUAUGAUAAAUUAGAAAAGGCUAACUUUUUCUUAGAAACUGUAUUAGAAACUCAUGAAGAAGAUUUAGAUUCAAGAUUAAUUCAAUAUUUAUUAAGUAGUCCAGUUGGUGAUGGAGGUCAAUGGGAUAUGAUUGUUAAUUUAGUUAACAAAUAUGGUUUAGUUCCUCAUGAAUUCUUCCCUGAUAAUGCUCAAGCCAUUAGUUCAUCUAAAUUAAAUUAUAUUUUAACUGAAAAAUUACGUGAAUUUGCUUUAACUUUAAGAGAUUUAAAGAAGCAAGAAGCUCCUGAACUUUUCAUUCGUAUUGCUAAAUUAGUUAUGACUAAUGAAGUAUUUAAUAUUAUUUCUUUAGCUUUAGGUACUCCACCAAAGGCUACUGAUACUUUCACUUGGGAAUUUGUUGAUAAAGAUGGUAACUAUAAAUCAUUUGAAACAAAUCCUAUUGAUUUCUAUAAGAACCACGUUAAGUAUGAUGCUGAACAACAUUUCUCAUUAAUUCAUGAUCCAAGAAAUGAAUUUGAUAAAUUAUAUACUGUUGAUAAAUUGAAUAACAUUUAUGGAGGUAAACCAAUUGAAUAUGUUAAUACUGAAAUUGAUGAAAUUAAGAGAGUUGCUAUUAAGAUGUUAAAGGAUGAUGAACCAAUCUUUUUUGGAUCAGAUGUUGGUAAAUUUGGUGAUAGAGUUACUGGAGUUUUAGAUACUACUGCUUAUGAUUAUGAUUUAGGUUUUGGUAUUCAAUUAGGUAUUUCUAAAGCUGAAAGAUUAAGAACUGGAUCUUCCCAAAUGACACAUGCCAUGGUCAUUACUGGAGUUCAUUUAGAUCCAGUUACUGGUAAACCAAUUAGAUGGAAAAUUGAAAACUCUUGGGGUGAUGAAGUUGGUGACAAGGGUUACUUUGUUAUGACUGAUGAAUGGUUUAACGAAUAUGUAUUCCAAAUUGUUACCAACAAGAAAUAUGCUAGUAAGAAGAGUACUCAAGUAUGGAAAUCAAAGGAAUUUGUCACUUUGCCAUAUUAUGAUCCAAUGGGUGCAUUAGCCUAAGGAUUAGGUUGUGAUGUGAUGUGUUGUGCUGUGUGUUAUUAAUUAAAUCCAUAUUUGAUAUAUGGUAUAAUUGUGAGAUAAAUUAUAUUUCAAUUCUAUACUUUAAAUGUUUAUUAUUACUCUAAAUAAAUCUAAAUC